GGUCGUGGUCAUGGGCUCCAGCACGGCGUCCGAGACCACGAUCAACACGAGCACCGACAGCGCCAACACCAUGCUCACCAUGGUAACGACGACAGACGGGGAGCAGCCAGACGACAGCUUCGAUCUAAUCGACGUGCCGGCCGAAAUGUCGCCCCCCGCUACGGCCCCGUCGCAACAAUCAUCCAUCCAUCCCGCUGGUCAUCGGGGACACCCCGACGACACGAUCGGGGGCAGUCAUACCUCAUCGCCGGCGUCGCCUACGUCACCGAUCUCCGUCGCGACGCCGGCAAAUCAAACCACUCCGCCGUUACCGCUCCCGUCGACGCCCACGACCCCGCUCUGCAAUUUCGACGGGACCGAGGUCGCCGGGCCCUCGGGUCGUUGCAUGCGCUCGAGACUCGACGCGGGUCAACCCGACGGUAAUAGCAAGACGAGCACCGGUUCCUCUGUCAAUCAGGGACACUGCGCGAGUAACGGCGCCGAGGGCACGACGUCUCUUCCGCCACCCACGCCGAUCCCCGCGCAUCAGGAGACGAGGUUUACCUUCGGCGGUAGCGGCAGAACCCCGCCUCUUCCUGAUCUGAGAGCCGCGGAUUUCUUUAGCACCCCCGUGAGGGGCUCGGUGGACGCGGGCCAGCCCGACUCGGCCGAGACGCGCUCCUCGAUUCGAAAUCUGGUGGCCGCCCAAGAGAAGCAGAACGCCAGGAUGGGAUAUCAGAUCGAUUACGCGGCCGGCGGAAAAGCCAACUCGAGUCAGGCCAACGCGCUGGAGAAGGGCACGGCCGAUCACAAGCGGAGCCAGAAGAGGCCCAACGUCAACGUGACGACCAACCCGCUCGAUAUAUCGCUCAUAAGUGCGUCUCAGCCGUGCAAUACCCAGGGUUGUAACAUUCAGAGUAGCGCGAGUACGAAAUCGCGAGGAGGACGAUCAGCGGGCGGAAGUGCCGGUGGCGGCAGCAAGCGAUCGACCCAGGCGACGAUCGUGGUGCAACAGCCGUCCUUGUCCCUGGACGCGCCCGCGGCGACGAUUCUGUUGCACCCGGACGCCGACGCCAGGCGACGCGAGGAGAACAUGCGGCAGCUGCUGGACGUUGCCAACACCCUCACCCUGCAGGAGAUACACGACUUCGAGAUGAGAUACGGAAGUCCCCAUCAUAGCCGAUCACAGUCGGUGAAGGCUCCUGGGAGUCGCUCUUCCGGUCGGCCGAAUUAUCUGUGUCUUCCGCAACAGAGAUCGCGAGUGGCGAGUAUGCCCAAUACCGGCGUGGAGGAGGAGUACUACAGACUACGGCACUUCAGCAUCACGGGCAAGGGGGUGGUAAACCGGGGCGACUCCCUAAAGAGCCGCAGAUCGCGCUCUAACAAUAGCGUGGCGUCCAGCAACUCCAGUCUUUCUUCUAUUCGACGCAGCACGGAACACCUGACUGCCUCGUACCCAGGAUCGGCGCGGAAUUCGGCGGCGGGCUCGUUGGCGAGUUCGAGGGAGAGCAGCGCGUCCCAAGGUCCGGCGCCGUAUCGCGUCCUUAUGCUGGGCGCCCCCGCCGUCGGCAAGAGCUCGCUGGUGUCUCAAUUUAUGACUUCCGAGUACCUGCACGCCUACGACACUUCGAUCGACGACGAGUCCGGCGAAAAGACCGUCAGCGUGCUUUUGGCUGGCGAGGAAUCGGAACUGACUUUCAUCGAUCAUUCUUGUGCCGAAAUGACGCCGGAAAAUUGCAUCUCGACGUACGAGCCGCACGCGUAUUGCGUCGUCUACUCUACGACCGAUCGGGCUUCGGUGCGCGCCGCUGAGGAGGUUCUCCAAUCCUUAUGGCGGAGCGAUCACGUAUCCUCGAGGGGUGUCAUCCUCGUGGGGAACAAGGUCGAUCUUGUUCGCAGCCGACUUGUGUCAACCGAAGAGGGCAAAUCCAUGGCGACGUCUUACGAUUGCAAAUUCAUCGAGACAUCCGUCGGAAUUAAUCACAACGUCGACGAGCUGCUGGUCGGCCUCCUCACGCAAAUCCGCCUGAAGCUGGAGAAUCCCGAGAGGACUAGGGAGAUGUUCCGGAAGAGAUCGCGGAAGAACCGCAGCAAGUCGCCGCUGGGUUCCUGCUCGGAGAACAACUCGCCUAAGAAGUACCGCGGCAGUCGGACCAGCACCAGCCUGAAGGUGCGCAAUCUGCUCGACAAGGUCUGGGCGCGCGACAGCAAGUCGAAGAGCUGCGAGAACCUGCACGUCCUGUAAAACCCGAGGGCCGUCUCGAUCCAGAAUGAUCUGGAGCAGCGGAGUCGCGGCAGCAGACCUCCAUUGAAGCGUCUCGCGCUUCGGAGCAGUCUUCAGAUACGGGGGUCAACGAGGUGACUCUCGUCGGGGAAGAGGCCAAGUAUAUCGAACGCUUCAUACCGCUCUCAACUUCGCGGGAGAAGAGGAGGCACGUGCGUAUCGCUUUGUAAUGAAGUAGCGACCUACCCGGCCGCGUUUCUCGACGUCGUGCGUUGUUAGCUCUCUGUGGACGAGGGAAUUUUUUUUCUAUCUUCGACGAGGCACGCAGCGCCCGAUUAAUCGAUGCAUAAAUCUUUUUUUUUUUAUUUCGCUCUCGAAACCUCGAACAAUACAUUCCGAUCUUAGCUUAUUUCCCCGUUGUACGCCGAUUUUUCAAUCACCUACCGAUUAAUGCGCUGUGAAAAAUUGGAGUCGUCAAGUGAGCGAGUUUCUUUCGUGAUCUAAUCACAUGUUUUAGAGAGAUUGAUCGUUGGACUUUUCAUAGCUUCUAUCAAUUCCGACCGUGAGUGAUAAAAUGUUUUUAAUCCCGAGGUAUACAAUCUUCGUGAUUACCGUAAAACGUAAAUAUAGGCCACAGAGGAUUGACUUGGCGCGUAUCUUACGAGGAGCGUAGGCGUCGUUAACGCGAAGAAUACGUUCGCGCCCGAAGAAGUCGUAAAAUACAAUGCCUGUGAGGUGAAACGCGACACCGAAGGCAGCAAUCAGCGUAGAUUACUACAGGCGAGCUCGUUAUCGCGCGUAACCGAGACCCGUUAGGAGAAAGGAAAUCGCAUCGAUCUUCAACACGUCGAACUUAAGGGUCAGAGCACAAAGCAACGUAAUAGCUUACAACAAAGACGCAAGCGUAAACGUAGCUGGCGCGCAAGCUUCGGCGUAAAUGUGACUUCAUAUGUAAUUGGAGGUAAGUGCGACACACGCCAAAGCUUGUGCGCUAAUCUACGGUUUACGCUUACGUCUUUGCCGUAAGCUAUCACGUUGCUUUGUGCUCUGACCCUAAUGUCCACAAUGAGAGUCGCAGAGUCGC